GAAGGUGCUACGCAGGCGCAAAUUGACCUUUCGGUUGAAGAAUCCGUCGGUCACAUGUGAGUGUCGAUAAAUAUCUUAGUUUUAUCGUGAUUCUGCUUUCAAUAGUCGUAUUCCUUAUUUUUAUCACUCCACCACACCGUAGGUAAAGCACGCACCAUGGGAGACAUCGAGGACACCCACUUCGAGACCGGGGACUCCGGGGCAUCGGCCACCUUCCCCAUGCAGUGCUCGGCGCUCCGCAAGAACGGUUUCGUCAUGCUCAAGAGCCGCCCCUGCAAGAUCGUCGAGAUGUCCACCUCCAAGACCGGCAAACACGGCCACGCCAAAGUGCACUUGGUCGGCAUCGAUAUAUUCAACGGCAAGAAGUAUGAAGAUAUAUGCCCCUCCACUCACAACAUGGACGUGCCACACGUGAAGCGUGAGGACUACCAAUUGACCGAUAUAUCUGACGAUGGCUACCUUACUCUGAUGGCUGACAACGGCGACCUGCGCGAGGACCUUAAGAUUCCGGACGGCGACCUCGGACUCCAGCUGCGUGCCGACUUCGAAGUUGGCAAAGAGUUACUGUGCACCGUGCUGAAGUCCUGCGGUGAGGAGUGUGUGAUCGCAGUAAAGGCAAACACUGCUCUCGACAAAUAAACCUACAACAGCAUUUAUAGGGUUAUAACAAACUUAUAAUUUUUUUUACAAUCAAACAACUCUUACAUAAAUGUAAAACAUAAUAUUAUGUAUAAUUUAACUUAAAAUAUGAUCGAUUGACGCUCGGGCUAGUCCCCGCCAUCCCUGUUCGCACGUACCCCCACAUAGGCGAUAAUCUCUCUGCGAACGCUAAUAAAUGUAUAGCUACUUAAUUUAUUACUAUAUGAAUGUAAGUGAUGAAUUAUAUUCUCGUUCCCAUAUUGAAUACCGGGCGUGUAGGCGUUACAAUGAAUUGUUAAAUAAGCGAUAAUAUAGAGUUUAUGGGAUAAGGAAAAGCAUUCGAAGCGAGUGGUUAUUGCCUCCAAAUCGGACAAAAGCUUCCAUAGAGAAGCGUUUAACAUUAAUUUAUUUGAUAUAAACGGACAGCCAUCGUGCGAGCUCGGAUGUCGCGUCAGCCGCCGGAACUUCUAGUUUGUUUUGUUUUGUUUGUUCUCUUUUCGCUUACCUAUGCCGUUUUACGUUGCGAGCCGCCGAAAGAAAGAAUACCUAUUAAGAACGACAUCGGUGUAAAAUUCUGUGUGGUGGAUAUUAUUGUUUUAUAUACGGGGUCCCUGAGGCCCUGCGAAAAGAAGAACGCAAACCGGAAGUUGUUUACCAUACUUUUAUGCUAAAUUAAUUAAUACAUAUUAAAUAAAAAAACGCAAGAAAAUAAUAAAAAAAGUUUUAAAAAAUACAAAAAAAAAAUAGAAAUAAAGAGAAAUUCUUGAAUGUUGGGUGUGUGAUUGUUUAUGGUCGUCGCUGACUUUCGCCGUCCCGCUCCAGCACAGUAACGUGGCGCCGUAUUCGAAAGAUGGUGAACGAAUCGUCAUCGAUAAAAAAGUCUUUUUCGAGUAUCGAAGCACUAAGUCAGAAUAAAAUGGACCUUGUUUUUCUUGGUUUAAAGUAGAAAGCCGGAAUCCAAACUUCCACAGCCGGUACUUGUAAAUUAAAAAUCGGAAACUAAAAUUUAUCAAAUGACUUAAGGACUUUUAGGUCUUUUUUAAGACAUCAGUAUUUCGAUAUUCGUGAAACACUACGCCAGCGUGUAAAUUUUAUAAUACUGAAUAUUAUCAACGAUGACGGAUUUUUUAAAAAUACGUGCCGAUUACGUCAUGCGCAUUUGGUCGAUUUCGAAUUCAAUACAAAAGUUUCGCAGCUUGCGGCUAGUACCACAUUGAAAAGUUCAUACAAUGACGAGUUCUCCUUGCGCAAUGACUAGUUCCUUCUUGCGCUGUGUUGGAACGGGGCUGAGUGGGUCAAUGACGUCCUUUAGUCCUUUGACGGCGUGCCGGUAACGCCGUGCCUUCGGCCAACACUUGCCAUCUGUUCAAAUUACUCAAUUUCUAUAAAAAGUUACAUUUCUCAUCAGGCGUCCUACCUACAUGAGUAAGUGGCUCGCAGCGAUUUCGUCUUAUUCACUAAUAUGAGUGUAACGUCUCGACUCAGGCCAGGCAACGAGUCUGGAAAAUAUCUCGUUAUUAUCCUUUACUUAAACCAGUCCUUGACAAGUCAAGUCGUCUCUUUAACGAGAUCAAUGACUCGUUUACGAGUCAGAAAAUUCAUCACUCUUUGUGACGUGUCUUAGAAAAGUCCUUAAAACGAUUCCGCGACGGGCAGUCGCUGUUAUCGACGAGUCCUUGACAAAACUUAACUCUUGACGAGUGUGUGACGAAUUAUCGCCCUAUGGAAAGAUCUUGACAAGUCCUCGUAGCUGUUCCGGAAUCGACCAUCGGUCGUGUUUUAGCGAGACGUGGACGAGUCGGUUUGACUACAUUUAAAUAAUUUUAGAUCAUUUCUUGGCAAGUGCAAUGUUAUAAUGUUGACGAAUCGUGAUUAUUUAGGCACGUCGAGUGGCUCCCUCGUGUAGGUGGCACCUCCAUCGCAUCACUGUACCCCUAGUACUUUUUUUAUAAAUUGAUUGAACUUUUUUUUAAAGUUUGUGUUCUCUGCACUACACACUGCAACUACACGAAUAAAAUCUUUCGGUAGAGUUGUUGCCGUACACUAAUUUCACUUCACUUUUAUCUAACAUUGAAGUGAGAACAUCGACACGAAAACCAUCAAUAACAUUGAUAAUCGGAGGUAAAAAGGUUAUUGGAGUCCAGCCAUUACUUUUAGUCUGUGGCUCAAAGCGCAUCAAGUGGUUGGUCUCUCAUCUUAUCCAUUGCAUAAAAAUCGUAAGAUUUUGCAGUACGUUUCCUGAGGCGACCAACCCCGCAUUGGAACAGCGCCGUUGGUAUCCUAUGAUGAGGGACACUAAUUGGGCUAAAAACUUUGAAAACUAUCUAAAUAGUGCUAGGGGUACGGAAUGGUGACGAAAGACUGACCAGUCAUGCGAAAACACAAUCACUUCAGUCAAGACUGAAUUGCAUUUUUAGAUAAAAACUAGUUUAUUAUUGUAUAAACUUAGCACUACGACUUAUAGAAUGUUUGCUGGGCCCUUAUCCAAUGUGACAUUCGAAUCGUAACAACUAUAUUCCAAAGUAAUUUUCACAUAGAACGUUCCUUUUCUUCUGUGAAGUAUAGAUAUGUACUUUACCGAGAUAGUUCAUGAGUAUACUUUUAAUCACAAUAAAACAUUCACAAGCCGCGACCAAAAGCUAUAGGAGCUAAUCAGAUUGGAGGUGUAUAACUACAAACCAUAGGUAUUUACCAAUUCCUGUACUUUGUACAUACUUAUCAAAUAAUCAUAAGGAACUUUUAUGUGAAAAUAUUUAUAAUCAAUUUGUGAUACCAAACUCGAAAGUUCUUGUAUUAAAAGUAACGAAUAGUUGUACUUCUUCGAGAUUAAUUCUAGGUACACUGAAAAGAAAGUUAAGUUUGACGUCACAAAACGGGUUUCGUAAAUAGUUACGAUUUCAAGGCCAUAGAGAAUCGGGGCCCUACGGCCUUUCCUUGCUCUCUUUGAUUUGAACAAAUGCGAUUUGGCGGUGGCCUUCUAUACAAGCACAUUUUCAUCGGUCGAUAGAAAACGCAAAUGGCGCGGGAGAAUGCAAGAAGGCAUGCCAUGCCACAAAGCAUUCGGGGAAUUAUUUUUAUGUAUGAGAUUUGCGGGAGAUUUUAUUAGUCUGUCUCCUGGUUAAUUUGAAUCGUCGUAAGGCUGAAAGUCCCCAACCUAGGGGAAUUCCCUGCGAGAUGUAAAGAGAGUUAUCGACCAAUGAAAACGCUCUACUUUUAUAGCACGGCUGUCGAACAAACAAGUGUUGAUUCGAAAGGCUAGAUAGGGUACUUCACUUGUAUGUCAUUGGUUUUUUAUUAGUACCAUCAGAUUGUCAAAGACGAUAUGAUAUACGAGAAUAUAAUGUAAGAAUGUAAGGUAAGGCCCUAUAGGAAAGAUAUUUUUUUAUGCAUUAACAUACGUUUCGUACAUUGCUUAUUUGUAGUUUAAAAACAAAAAAUCUUAGGCUGUUCAAUGACUUUUAACACGUAAAAAUAUUUCUUAUGUUCUCGGGCCAGCGUUGCCAAACUAUAUAUUAACUACAUAAACUUUGCUAUAAAAAUACCAAAAUAAAUACACAAUUAAAAAAUAGCAGAGUUACUGUUACAACUGAUUUGUGCUUUUUUAUUGCAAUGUCGAAAUGUCUUCGUCGAACGAUCAUGUCAAGAAAAAUACACUUUGUUUAUCACAACAAAAAUCUACUUUUUUGUGUAUAAUUUGUAUAAUAUUAAUGAUUUAAAUGAUUACAGUUAGUUUAUUGCACGGUAAUCUACCGUACGGGGAAUGUAUUUGCUAUGAUAAGUUUGGCAACGCUGUAUCUAGAUUCAAAAUGUAAAUUCUCCACAAAAUUACGUAUAAUCUUUAUUGUUGGUGAAGUUUUUAUACUUAGCAGCUUGUAAUCAAGUCCUUUUUAUUUAUAAAAGUUAAACCCUAAAGUAUUUGUAAAUGCAUCGGUAGGUGUAAAUAAAAUACUUUAGUAAUGAAAAUAAUAUUUUUCUUUAUCAAGUCUUUACUGCAUACAUCAAACACCUCUGUUAUUUUUCCCAUAAACUUAGCUGGUUGCAAGCAAAUUCCAGCUAAUUGAUGCAAUAUGUAUUUACUAAUGAAGGAAUACAUUUUUUAAAGCUAUUAUUACGUUAUUAAAUUCUAUAUUAUUUUACCAUUAAAAUCAAGCUGUAUAUUGGAAUUCUCAUAUCACGUUUUCACAGUAGGCGACUAUUUAAGUACUCUAAAUCAAAUUCCUGUACUGUUACUAGUCCAUGACGUGAUUUAUAAUAUAAAGUUUAAAUAAUUAUUUGGCUUACUUUGGAUUUUUAGAGAAUACCGAGUAUUCUACUUUUAUUCUAAAUCGCAGUCUUAAAGGCUCAACUGCUGGUAAGGUAACUUAAUAGUCCUCAGUGAUACCUUAAUAUAUCGAUUCAAAAAGCCAAGAAUGGUAGCUAUAUUUUCCAUCUUUAAUCGCCUGAACAUCAUCCUACUGUGAGAACGUGUAUAGAUAGUUUUAUUAAACGGGUCUCAUAAACCUAUAGGAAACAACCACUAUGAGUUUUGUUAUCGCUUACUUACUAGAGUGCACUUAUAAUAUUGUAUGACGAAUGUAGAGCGCAAACUACGAACAAACAUAUUUCAUGCAAAUAUUUGUAGACUAGAAAGUAACUAAGCAAAAUUGUGAAGUGCAGUAGUUCGAGGCCAAAAACCAUAUACAGCUGGGACAUGACAAAUAAAUUUAAAAUUGUUUUUAAUGUAAGUAAAUUUUAAUGUUUUUUUAUAUAUUUCACGGGGCAAGGGUUGGAUCGUAAUCUGAGAGUUGAUUAUUAAGUACAGAAGUUGUAUAUACGUAAGAAUUUGAAUAGACGGAUGUUAGUUAUAAAACUAUAAUAAUCCACAUUUGUGCAAUUUUUCUACGUGUAUUAUUACUUUCUUUAUGUCGAUGUGCGAACAUUACCGAAUUUAAACUAGCAUUGGCUCGUAAAUAUAUGUGAAUGCAGUAAUCUAUUUAAUAACAAUCUGUCGAAUUAAAAUCUGUACAAAACAAAA